AUGUCCCCCUCACCAGACAUUGAGGAAACGUCCUGCUCCCCGCGUUUCCUUCCGGCAGGCAUCGGUGAUACGGAAGACCUGGAGAGAUAUGAACCUGGGGGGUUCCACCCAGUCCACCUUGGAGAUGAAUAUGACGGUGGCCGGUAUAAAGUCAUCCACAAGCUUGGCGCUGGCGGGUUUUCUACCGUUUGGCUUGCGCAAGAUCUCAUGCGGCGGCAUUGGGUGGCCCUGAAAAUUAUUCUGGCCGAUGAAUCGCCAUCAGUGGAAACCAAGACGAUCCUAAGCCACCGUGUAGCUUCGCAAUGCAGUAGUGAUGCAGUAUUUGUCACGUACUCUCGGUACUUUCAUAUCGAGGGCCCAAAUGGUCGCCACUUAUGUUUAGUUCUCCCGGUUUUAGGUCCUUCGGCAUCCAGAUUAUCUCAAUACAUGGAUAGCAGGAUCGAACCCUGGCUGGCUCGCCGUGCCAGUUACCAAACAGCGAAAGCAUUAGCUGGUCUAACGACAGCCAACAUUGUGUUUCGAGUGGAGAAUUUUGAUCGCUACACUGAGAAUGACAUCUACCGGCUGUUCGGAAAACCUGAGACAGGACCUCUGGAAACAGAGUCGGGAGAAACUCCAGGUGCCGAGGCUCCAAGAUACAUCGUGAAGUCUCUUGACUUUCUCUCCUCCGAGACCGAUCUCAUCAGUAACGAAAUUAGUCUUAUAGACUUCGACCAAGCAUUCCUCGCAUCGUCACCCCCAGAGGAAAUGUUAGCUACACCAAUCGAGUAUCUCGCUCCUGAGGUGGCUGUCGGCCGGGCAGCUAGCCCAGCGAGCGACGUCUGGGCUCUGGGCUGCUCUAUUGUCCGCUUGAGAUCUGGAGAAGGUCUGUUCUCAGCCUUUGAUAUCACCUCACCAGCGGAUUUAAUACGGGGUAUUAUUCAAGCUCUCUCGGACAUGCCAGCUUCUUGGGAGGAUUCACUGUUUGAUUCAGACGGUCAGCCGACCAAAGAUCUGGCAAAAGGUGAAGCUGUCUGGAAGUUUACGGACAAACGGCCGUUCAAAGACCAAAUUUAUAGAAUUUGGGACAACCCGAGCAAUUUGUCUAGCAAGUCGACGAAAUCACUGAUGGUUAAUCACAUAGAGAACGUGGACCAGACCUUGGACUGGGAAAGUCACAAGCCUUACCCUCGGUGCUUCUCGCACAAGUUUUGGAAGCCCACGGCUGUUGAAGUAGGGGAUGCUUAUCUGCAUGGGUAUGAUAAUGAGUCUGAUAACCUCUUAGCGCCGUUGCCUAAGAUUUCGGAUCACGAGGCAGCCCUGCUAUACGACCUUCUGUCUCAAAUCUUUGUUUACGAGCCCAUAGAGCGAGUAAAAGAAAAGGAAUUGCUGGAUCAUCCUUGGUUUCAUAUGGAUGACUCGAAUCGAGUAUGGACGAGAGGCGUAAAAAAAAAUAUCACACAAGAAAGUGGCACCAUGUCAAAACGCAGUAAGUCUUGA